AUGAUAAACAAUCUGGGCACGCGGCUGUUCCAAUCGGUUUCAGACAAGGCCGGCGAUAUUGGUGAAAAAUUCGAGGAAGAGUUCGCACGACUUUCUGCGAAUAUUACUGCUGAGAUAGAUGCAAUCGUCACAGAGGCAAUUUCACUUUCUGGUUACAUAAAAGUGGCUCUCGUCAUACUGUGCAUUCUGCUGGUGCUAGCGAUCAUUCGAUUGAGCUCUUUCGGAUUACGAUGCCUUAUAUUCAAGGCAAAAAGUUGGAUGCGUGCCGAUGAGAAUAAACCGCCACCACAGGUGAGACAUUACUUCCUGGGAGACCUAUUCUGGAAUUGCGAGUAG